AUGCUGACCUCCGAGCCCCCGCAGGGGCAGCCGGCCCAGCCGCCCCGGGCGGAGAUCGGGGGGUUCACCCCCGCGCCGCCCGCCUCCGCCCAGGAGAUCCAGCCGCUGAACAAGCAGCCGGCCAACGGCUCGGGCGAGGGGCACGCCAAGCCCCGCAAAGCCUUCCCGGUCCUGGCCAUCGACUACGACCACAUCCGCAUCCCCUUCGAGAUCUCCCUCUGGAUCCUGCUGGCCUGCCUCAUGAAGCUGGGCUUCCACGUGAUCCCUUCGGUGUCCAACAUCGUUCCUGAGAGCUGCUUGCUCAUCGUGGUGGGCCUUUUGGUUGGGGGGCUCAUCAAAGGGGUGGGUGAAAAGCCCCCUAUCCUCAAGUCGGACAUCUUCUUCCUCUUCCUCCUCCCACCCAUCAUCUUGGACGCUGGCUAUUUCCUCCCUUUGCGCCAGUUCACCGAGAACCUGGGCACCAUCCUCAUCUUCGCCGUGGUGGGGACAGUCUGGAAUGCCUUCUUUUUGGGUGGCCUGAUGUACGCCGUGUGCCAGCUUGGUGGCCCUGGCCUGAACCACAUUGGCCUCCUGGCCAACCUGCUCUUUGGCAGCAUCAUCUCGGCCGUGGACCCGGUGGCCGUGCUGGCCGUCUUUGAGGAGAUCCACAUCAACGAGCUGCUCCACAUCUUGGUCUUCGGGGAGUCCCUUCUGAACGAUGCCGUCACGGUUGUCCUCUAUCACCUCUUUGAGGAGUUUGCCAACUUCGAGCAGGUGACCAUUAUCGAUAUCAUCCUCGGCUUCCUCAGCUUCUUUGUGGUGUCGCUGGGCGGUGUCUUCGUGGGCGUCAUUUAUGGGGUGAUCGCUGCCUUCACGUCCCGCUUCACCUCCCACAUCCGAGUCAUCGAGCCCCUCUUCGUCUUCCUCUACAGCUACAUGGCGUAUCUCUCCGCUGAGCUUUUCCACCUCUCCGGCAUCAUGGCGCUCAUCGCCUCUGGCGUGGUCAUGCGGCCUUAUGUGGAAGCCAACAUCUCCCACAAGUCCCACACCACCAUCAAGUAUUUCCUUAAGAUGUGGAGCAGCGUGAGCGAGACCCUCAUCUUCAUCUUCCUGGGCGUCUCCACCGUGGCUGGCCACCACUACUGGAACUGGACCUUUGUUAUCAGCACGCUGCUCUUCUGCCUCAUCGCAAGAGUUUUAGGCGUCCUGGUCCUCACCUGGUUCAUCAACAAGUUCCGAAUUGUGAAGCUGACGCCGAAGGACCAGUUCAUCAUCGCCUAUGGGGGCCUGCGGGGAGCCAUCGCCUUCUCCCUCUGUUACCUCCUGGACUAUAAGCAUUUUGGCAUGAGGGACAUGUUCCUCACAGCCAUCAUCACGGUCAUCUUCUUCACAGUCUUUGUGCAGGGCAUGACCAUCCGGCCCUUGGUGGACCUGCUGGCGGUGAAGAAGAAGCAAGAGACGAAACGCUCCAUCAACGAAGAGAUCCACACGCAGUUCUUGGAUCACCUUCUGACGGGGAUUGAGGAUAUCUGUGGUCACUACGGGCAUCACCACUGGAAGGACAAGCUGAAUCGCUUCAACAAGAAGUAUGUGAAGAAGUGCCUGAUUGCGGGGGAGCGGUCCAAGGAGCCCCAGCUCAUCGCUUUCUAUCACAAGAUGGAGAUGAAGCAGGCAAUCGAGCUGGUGGAGAGUGGGGGCAUAGGCAAGAUCCCCUCUGCUGUCUCCACCGUCUCCAUCCAGAACAUCAACCCCAAGACCCUCCCUGUGGAGCGCAUCCUUCCGGCCCUGUCCAAGGACAAGGAGGAGGAGAUCCGGAAAAUCCUUCGCAACAACCUGCAGAAAACCAGGCAGAGGUUGCGAUCCUACAACCGGCACACGCUUGUGGCUGACCCCUACGAGGAAGCCUGGAACCAGAUGCUCCUGCGGAGGCAGAAGGCCCGGCAGCUGGAACAGAAGAUGAACAACUACUUGACAGUGCCGGCUCACAAGCUCGAUUCGCCCACCAUGUCCCGGGCUCGCAUAGGCUCAGACCCGCUGGCCUAUGAACCCAAGGCGGACUCGGAGAACCUGCCCAUCAUCACCAUCGACCCGGCCUCCCCGCAGUCCCCAGAGUCUGUGGACCUGAUGAACGAGGAGCCCAAGGGCUGUGGCGGCCUCCCGCCCUCGCCCGAGGAGGACGAGGAGGGGCUGGUGAUGCGGGUGAAGGAGCCUUCCUCCCCGGGUACCGAUGAUGUCUUCACCCCAGGGACUGGCGACAGCCCCAGCAACCAGCGGAUGCUGCGAUGCCUGAGCGAUCCGGGGCCUCGGCCAGAGCCAGAGGAGGGGGAACCCUUCAUCCCCAAGGCCCAGUAG